UGAACUCUUGCCUCCGUCGGCUACUCUUCGGUUGCCUGCACCACUAUCAACAACCCGCGUAACUUCGAAACAGCUUGUUUAGGGAAGUUAGUAAGAAAAAAUGGCGGCGAGAGGGAGCUUAAACUUAUUCAAACAUCUCCAGAAAAAUGUAAACGCGACCUUUGAAUCGUCCAGUGUGGACUCCACCGCCGUGGAGGAGAAGCUGUUCGGCCAGGUGGAGGAGGAAGAGGACGACGGACCUGUGGUGUUCAUCUGCGGGAAGUGCAAGCUGCCUGUCGGGGACUCACUCUCCUGGGAUGGGAGUGAGGAUGGACAGAACCAAAUCAGAUUGAAGCGGGUCACUGACAACGUGAUAGUGGGGAAAGAGAAUCGCCUGCUUGAAGUUGGAAAACGAUCCGUCUGUCUAGUCGUGGAUCUGGUCUGUCGAGGCUGCCACUCUGCACUCGGCAUGGUCUACGCAUCCACGCCAAGGAACCUGGACCACAAGAGAUUCACGUUCUGUUUUAAUGUAGCAGACAUCGACAGUUAUGUCCUGGGCUCUGCGACACAGAUGUUGGCAGCAGAGGGCCCCAAAGAGCAGCCAGUCACACUGGAGUACAGAGGCAUUGUGGAACAACAGCUGACAGAGAUGAAAAUGCUGGUGCUGUCCAUGGCUCAGAGGCUGGAGGAGAUUGAAAUCGGCCUUCAGGAGGAAAGUGACGAGGCGUGACAGCGAUGGGCGUCAACGUGUCGGGGUGGGUGCUUCAUCCAGGUGUUGAACAGAAGGGUUUAACAUCCUCCAUCCUCCCCUUCACCUUUACCUUCACGCUUCCUUGUCUGGGUUUCAAUCCAGACACAUUCCCUCAGUAACAGGUUUUGACCAAUCCUACCUGCACACCCUCACACACACCCUCACACACACUCACACCGCCUCUCCACCCUCCGCUUUGUCCUGAUUACCGACGGUGAAACAAAGAGCGCCUGCACUUGUAAUCAAUCAUGUUGUCAGCGCAGCUCCCGCGGCGCGUGGCACCAUCUUCUCCCUGUGUGUGUGUGUGUGUCUGGUGCAGGGUGAAUGUGGGCUAUGUGCAGAAUGUUUAUUUGUGCAGGAUUUCAUCAGGCAGGGUGCAAAGUCAGCACAAUGCAGUAUUGAUCGGGCCGCUCAAGGCCACACACACACACACAUUCAAACACACACACUUCGCAGACACAUAUUUUCUUUGUUUACUUCCUCGGGCAUGUAGCCUUGAAGGAUUGAUACAUUUAUGCCUUGUUUCGGCUAGACGUGAGCUGCAUUCAGAAAUAUGUAUUAAAUGUUUCCCCAUUAAAAAAAACAACACUCUCAUACUGUCUGCAUCCCAGUGAGGCACAUUCAUCUAUCAUUAUUCUGUCAUUAAGGUGGACUAGAACAAAUGCAGGCAGACUUUUUCAAAAUUAGAAAUUAAUAAGUAUUAUAACCUUCUGUUUUUGUAUGUAUCUGUAGUUCUAGAAGCUGUUUUUUCUGUGUAAUAAAGUAUCAAACUGUUUAAAUUAUGCAGAAACACCCUGAAAAAGCAUCUGAGUUUUGUCUGUUUUAAAUGAAAGAUUAAAGUGUAUCAGAGCACUUUAAACAAC